UCAGGGAUGCACCAAGGUGGCUGUCUCUCAAGAUGGUGAUGAUCGUGGAGAGUCUGUGUCUAAGGCUGGUCCAGAGAGGGUACACUCAAGGAAUGUUGCUGAAGGCACACGAAAGGAAUGAAGCAUCUUCUUGAGACCUAUUCAUCAUCCCACAGACUGCUACUACCUCGAGGGACCUUACUUUUAGGAUUUUGAUGUCAUUUGCCUAAAACUUUUGUGGAGCCCAGACAGGACUUUUUACUACCAAAUAAGAUAUUUCGUUUUUGUAUCCUGUAACCAUCCUGGUUAUCGUUUUAGCUGUUUUCCCCUGAGAAUCCCAGGCCACGUUUGUUACUACUGUUCUUUUUGUGUACACUUCAAAAUGAUUGACUUAAGCUUCCUGACAGAGGAGGAACAAGAUGCCAUUUUAAAGGUUCUGCAGCGGGAUGCAGCCCUGAAAAGGGCUGAAGAGGAGAGAGUCAGACAUUUGCCUGAAAAAAUUAAGGAUGACCGACAACUAAAGAAUAUGAGUGGCCAAUGGUUUUAUGAAGCUAAGGCCAAAAGGCACAGGGACAAAAUCCAUGGGGCUGACAUCAUCAGAGCAUCCAUGAGAAAGAAGAGGCUCCCAGUGGCAGCUGAGCAGAGUAAGGACACAGCAAUGAGGGCAAAAGAAAGCUGGGUGAAUAAUGUCAACAAAGAUGCUUUCCUUCCCCCAGAGCUAGCUGUUGUGGAAGAGCCAGAAGAUGACACAGCUCCAGCAGGCCCAAGUUCCAAUGUGGUGGAUCCAGCUUCCAGGGUGAUUGAUAUGUCCCAGGAAAAUACAAGGGAUCCAGCUGUGUCUCUGCCCAAGCAAAGGAAGAAUCCAUUUAACAACUCCAAGCUGCCAGAAGAUCACUCACCGCAACAAACCAAAAAUGAGCAGUCAAAAACUGGAAAAGGUGGUUUAUUUCAGAUUUCAAAAGAGGAUAAAUUAUCAGAAUCAAAAGAAAAGACAGAUAUCCCCGAUAUUUCAAGUCAGAAGUUAGAGACACCAAAGCAACCCAUGUCCAUGGCAUCUGAAAAGGGGUCUCAAAUCAAAGCUCCAAUCCCCAAGGCCAGAAAAUUGAUCCACAAAUCCAGCGACUUAAAAACAGAGGAUAACCAGUCUUUUCCUAGACAAAGGAGGGACUCCCUGAACGCGAGAGGGGCGCCAAGAGGGAUCCUAAAGCGCAACUCCAGUUCCAGUAGCACAGACUCAGAAACUCUCCGUUUACAUUACAAUUUUGAUCCAAAAAGCAAAAUCCUAUCACCUGGCCUAACCAUCCACGAGAGAAUUUCUGAGAAGGAGCACUCUUUAGAGGAUGACUCUUCCACAAACUCCCUGGAGCCAUUAAAGCACGUGAGAUUCUCUGCAGUGAAGGACGAACUUCCUCAGAGUCCUAGACCUGCUCUUGGCCAGGAAGUAGGAGAAUUUACUGUUUUAGAAAAUGACAGGUUACAAAAUGGUACAGAAGAUGCAGGGGAUGUAGACGUGGUUCAGGAUCACCAAAAGCCCUCCCACAAAAAGCCUUUGUCUCUUUAUCAGCCAAUGUCAAGCCCAAGUGUUUCAGAAAGGGAGACACACCAGCCAAUGUCUUCUGGGUCUGUUCCAAGUGAUGGGCUCCCUUGUCACUCAGACAUUCUACCCACAAGACCACAGCCUGCUGAGAACUCACCCAUCAUCAGUGAAUGCCAAGAUAAAUCACCACAUCUAACAAGACUUGAAUCAGAAUUGUCUGGAAGCCCUGCGGACGAACUGACACCUUGUGUUGAGCCUGAGUCAUCUCAGACAUCAGAUCACAGUUUUAGAGACCAUCAGCAAGGUAAGCCCCUUCUCAUGGCUCUCAAUGCUCAGACAUCCUCGUACUUGGGUCCAUGCGCUACUGAGAUAAGGAAGACAACUGAUGAUUCCAUAUCUAAAGUCCUAGACUGGUUUAACCGGAGUUCUCAUACAGAGGACAGUAUGUCACCCCUCCAACAUCUCCAGGGAAUAGAUCUCAGACAGCAAACAGACUCAAAACCACAGAUUACUAUUGCCUCGAUGACAGACAACACCUGUGCAAAAGAUGACUCAAAGGUCCUACCAGCAAUUAAAAUUAAAUUGAAGCCUGUGAGGUCUGAUUUGACAUUCCAAGAAGAGGGAGAUGUCCCAGUGUCCGAAACUUGCCGAGACAGCGAUGUACUUCUCAAAUCUAACUUUGCAAAUCUGUCCCAACAAGGCACCCCAAAGGAGGGUCUGGAUACACGGCAACCAUCUGAGAGCUACAGAACCCCAAGUCAAAGGGGUGGAAGUAUGGAUUGUAGCCAAGGUUCAGAGAGUACAGGAGAGGGAUGCGGGACAGUUCCUCCAAACAGUAACGACCGCCUCAGUGCUCUGAAGAGAUCUGUAGCAGAACCCCAAGUUCCACAGAACACUAAGCACACUGGCAGCUUAGGUAAAGAAGAACCCGAAGUUCAUGUGCCCUGGAAAAGCAAAGGGAACACACAUUUGAGCGCUGACUCUUCAGUAAUUGUUCUAGAACAUAAUUCAAAAGAUGAUGUGGAGGGAAAGAGCAAAACCAGAAAUGCAUCUAUCCUAAAACCAUCCCCAGAGCCAGGGAAUAGUGAGUUGCCACUUGGUGCUGCCAACAGUGGAUCUUCUUGGAAGAAGCCUGAGGGCCAAGAAGAAGCCAGUGAAGGUCCCCAAAACCAAGUGCUGAGAGAGAAAUACAAGACAGUGAGUGACAGAAUAUCCUUUUGGGAAGGAGAAAAGGCUGGUGCUAAGAUAAAGGCAAAAGAACUCACAUCUUGCAGCCAGGAGCCAUCUGCUGCCAAAGCAUACAAGCCUGUGAAGUCACAGGUCAAGUUCACGGGCAGUUUAUCUCCAGGCCAGAGUGACUAUAGCCAAGUAACUGCUAAGAGAGUGGUCCUUGAUGAGGAUGACCAAACACCCCAUCUCUCCAGUUUUUAUUCCUCAAAUAAACCUAAAACAACCAAACCCACAAUAUCAGGUCCAUCCAAUAACUAUUCUGCAGCUGAACAAUCAGAUACAGUGUCUCCACUUCAAACUACUGGUCAUGAAAUACACCCUUCCUUGGAGAAAGACAGAUUUGUAAUUGAUAAAUCAAAUGCCAACUUUAAAGUUCUGUCCCUAAGAGAAAGAAUGGAUGAACCCAAUACAGAACAAGUCUAUAAUCAUUCUCAGUUUGAGAAUUUGAGAAAGUUCUGGGGCCUGGGAGCUAAUCUAAAUAAUAAAGAUAGUGAUAAUAAUAACACUGCAACACACAAACAAAAUUCUGUGCCAUUUAAUAGCCCCAAAUCCAAGGAGUUUGAGAGCAUGAACUCAUCAAGAGAAAAUACCCGUGAAGUAGGGGAAGGAAGACAUUUAAGAUGGGGAAAUAUUAUGGCAGUGGAAGAGAUGGGGAAAUUAAGUUCAAAGUGCACAUUCCAAGCACCAACAGAUGAAGCCAUACCUCCACAAAAACCACCCAGAAAGUUUACUUACCAUUUGGUAGGAAAUGAGUCUUCAAAGGAAAAUGUGGAGGAAAAUAUGGAAUGUUUUGUGAUUCCAGUGAUUAAAGAGGGAAAGGAUUGCUCUGAUCCAGAAAUUCAAGAAUCCAUAGUGAAAACAAGCGUUUUGCCUAAAGUCUCCAAAGACACGUUCAAUGACAGGUUACAGAAGUGGCAGGGAGAAGGCCCGUUGCCAGCAAUCCAGACUUCUGGCAAGAAAGUUCAUGAAGAGCAAGCACUCAAAGUGGGUGUUUCUGAAAACAGGACAUGGUCUCAAAAGAAAAGUUUUGCUGAGGAUGAGGAAGAUGUCACAGGGCCCAAGAAGAGCCCUAAUGAGCAUCUAGAUGAAGUAGCAGUGUUUCCAAAGGCUCAACAGAACUCCAGUGUGGAUCAACUGAAGGAAGCAACUAGAACUUCAUCGGCUGCCUUACAAUCCCCAUUGGAACCUGUAACUCCUAGACCCAACUCCCCAUCUAAAGACGGCAGAUCAUUUGAAAAGUGGAUGAAACAGAAGCAUGGUCCUUCAGCAGAUCAGAGAGAUAUAAUAGCUUCCUUUCCACAGGGUGUUAAAACUUCAGGAGAUAUGACUCUCAUCCAGAAGGCUGAACGUCGUAACACAGAAGGUAUACCCCAGUCAGCUGCAGAAGGGUCUCCUCCAUUGGCCCAGUCUUCCUAUUCUUUUGAGGGACUUUCCAAUUCUCCAGCAGAUAUGUCUUUAUCUUGGGAUACUCAUCUUGGAUCCCAGGAUGGCACAUUGCCUUCUCAGAGGGAAAUCUCAGAGGUUAUAGAGAAAGUGGCUUUUCCUUCCAAACCGACAAUGACUGAUGUAAAUGCUGUUUUACUGAGGCUACUCAGAGAAGCUGGAGAAAUGAAAGCCAAACUUCCUGAGAGAGUGCCAGCAGCAGGUGUUAGACCCUCAAGUCCUCAGAGAGUGAGCCCUGCUAUGGAUGCUGUUGUUCCAAAUAAGAAGGACUGCCAUUCCUUUUACACAGUGCCUGAUACAGCUCAUGAAGGUGGAUCUUACUUAUCUGCCAGAAUGUCACCAUCAGAACAUCUCAUUAGGUCACCUGAUUCUACUGUAACUCAGCAUUGUCAGGAGCUCCUUCAGGAAGUGGCAGAGACAGUGAGGGAAACGGUUAUUCAGCCCAAGUUAGAGUCCCUUGAAUUUAGGGCUGGCUUGGAAAAACUAUGGAAGGAAACACUAGAAACUUCCCCGUCAAAAGAUGAAAAGGAUACAGAGACUAUUUCUCCAUCAGCUGUAACAGGUAGUUGUGAGAUGUCCCAGCAACUUGCUUCUGAAUUCCAUCCUAAAGAAGUACAAGAAACUGUAGAGAAGGCUGAGGCUCCAUCAGUGACUCAGAGUACCUUUGAUGCUGGUUUUGAGAAACUUCUUAAAGAGAUGUCUGAAGGACCUUGUCGGCUCCAGCUGUCACCUAAAGAAGAUACUAUGGAGAAGCAGCCUUUACAGGCAGAGCAGGCCUGGUUCUUGGAGGCAAUACCCCAUCCUGAUUGGGAUGCCUCGGGAACCUCUAAAAUGAAGGCUGAGUGUAAUGGUUUGGAAUCCCAAGUCAACCGGUGUGAUCAACUAUUAGGAGAUGAAGUUAUGACUGGUCCAUCAAUAGAUGUUCGGGGUUACACAAGUGGGUUUGGGGUCCCUGAACACUCACAACUUUAUGAAGACUAUGAAACAGAGACCGCUGAAACAGUGCAAUCUGUAGAGGAUGGAGGCAGAGAAAGGGCUGUUGCAGGAGAGCCGUGGGCUCCCCAGGAACUGGGCUUUGAAGAGGCGCCCAAAGAAGUUAGUGUGUCCAGAAACCAGCAGUCUAUUGCUCUCCUGGAAACAAAAGGAAGACCUACAAAAAUGAGCAAAGUUGAAUCAAUACUAGCAACACCAUACAAGAGACAAGAGAAAGAGCAAAGACUGGAAGCAAGCUCUGAAUCUGAGUUUUCAGAUGGGAACACCAGUUCUAAUGGGGAGAGCUGGAGAAAUACCUCCAGUUCAGAAGAAGAACACAGUCCUGUUUUGAAAACUUUGGAAAGGAGUGCUGCUAGGAAAAUGCCUUCCAAAAGUCUAGAAGACAUUUCAUCAGAUUCAUCAAAUCAAGCAAAAGUAGAUAAGCUGCCGGAAGAAUUAGUAUGUAGUGCUGAAGAUGAUCAAAAAGCAGACCAGGAGCCAGAUACAAAUGAAUGUGUACCAGGAAUUUCCACAGCGCCUUCACUGCCUGAUAAUCGGCUUUCCCACCCUGACCAACUCAAAAGGAUGAGCAAGUCUGUGCCAGCAUUUCUUCAAGAUGAGAGUGAUGACAGAGAAACAGAUACAGCAUCAGAGAGCAGUUACCAGCUCAGGAGAUACAAGAAGAGCCCGAGCUCAUUAACCAAUCUUAGCAGCUCCUCUGGCAUGACGUCCUUGUCCUCUGUGAGCGGCAGUGUGAUGAGCGUUUACAGUGGAGACUUCGGUAACCUAGAAGUGAAAGGAAGUGUUCAGUUUGCAAUCGACUACGUGGAGUCCCUCAAAGAGCUGCAUGUUUUCGUGGCCCAGUGUAAGGACCUAGCAGCAGCGGAUGUUAAAAAACAGCGCUCAGACCCCUAUGUAAAGACCUAUUUGUUACCAGACAAAGGCAAAAUGGGCAAGAAGAAAACACUCGUAGUGAAGAAGACCUUGAAUCCUGUGUACAACGAGAUAUUGCGGUAUAAAAUUGAAAGACAAGUUUUAAAGACACAGAAGUUGAACCUGUCCGUUUGGCAUCGGGACACAUUUAAGCGCAACAGCUUCCUGGGGGAGGUGGAACUUGACUUGGAAACAUGGGAUUGGGACAGCAAACAGAAUAAACAACUCAAGUGGUACCCUCUCAAGAGAAAGACAGCACCAGUUGCCCUGGAGACAGAAAACAGAGGUGAAAUGAAGCUAGCUCUCCAAUAUGUUCCAGAGCCAAGCCCAGGCAAAAAGCUUCCUACAACUGGAGAAGUCCACAUCUGGGUGAAGGAAUGCCUUGAUUUGCCUCUGCUGAGGGGGAGCCACCUAAGUUCUUUCGUUAAAUGUACCAUCCUUCCAGAUACCAGCAGGAAAAGUCGCCAGAAGACAAGAGCUGUAGGAAAAACCACCAACCCUGUCUUCAACCAUACCAUGGUGUAUGAUGGGUUCAGGCCUGAAGACCUGAUGGAAGCCUGUGUAGAACUCACAGUCUGGGACCAUUAUAAACUAACCAACCAGUUCCUGGGAGGUCUCCGGAUCGGCUUUGGAACAGGAAAAAGCUACGGGACUGAAGUGGAUUGGAUGGAUUCUACUUCCGAGGAAGUUGCUGUCUGGGAGAAGAUGGUGAAUUCUCCCAACACUUGGAUUGAAGCAACACUGCCCCUCAGGAUGCUUCUGAUUGCCAAGAUUUCCAAAUGAUCCUGCUCAGCUGAUUCUGCCAUCAAAAACUACUUCCCAGGUGGAGCUGAGCUUGAGAGUUCCGACCUUGAGGACAAAUACCCUCACCCCUCGUCACUAAUGAUUGCUAUGCAAGCAUCCCCAAGUCAAUUUGCAUGCAUUGCUUUGAUUGCACGGCUCAAGAGAGCUAAACAGUGCCCAACAAGAUGUGUGAUGCCAACAUCCGAUAGUUGAACAAGCUAGGGAAAUUGAACUGUUGCUUCCACACCAAAGAAAAAGUCACCCUUACAGGUUUCACACCACAAUGGUGAACUGUGUGGCUUGCAAUUUGGUUAUUCAAAUGCUUGCUGGGCAUAUAAAUAGGAAGAUUACGGGCAAAGCGACCAAAAGAGACUCCUGGGAUGGGGUGGAGAGAGGGAGAACAGCAGCGAUGACAGAGAACUUCAUAAUAAGACAACUAUUUACUUGGUAACCUCUAAUAAGACAUUGAAUUCCAUCUUAGGGCAGCAAGACUGACUUUACUGCCCAUAAAUCUGCCUUGAGAAACCCUGCCCCACCCCACCCCGCCCUCUGAAUCUCAAAUGGACUUUGGUGCCACCUACUGGUUGCAUAUGGAAUUGAGCUCUUGGCUUAUUUUGGCUUAAUUUGUGCUAAAAGGGAUGGCAAGUCUGUAUUUUAUAACAAUUUGCUAAAAUAUUGCAUAUAAUUGACUGUUUUUCUUAUAAUUUUACUAUAUGGACACAGAGUAAAAGUAGUCACAGAUAUGCUUUGCUACAAAGUUUUAAUUAGAAUAUAAAUUGUCAAUUUUAUUGUACUUCCUAUGUAUAAUUUUCUUAAGGUAUUUUGUAAAAAUCCUUAGAAUAAAUUAUCAUGAUUUAAAUUG